UUUGUUUCCCUGGUUUACAGGUGCAAAAGUCCCAAACCAGUUCAGAUGUUGCUGUUUCCUCAAGCUGCAGGUCUAUGGAAAUGCAGGAUCUAGCCAGCCCACAUAGCCGACUAAGUGGUAGUAGUGAAUCCCCUAAUGGUCCAAAACUUGAUAACUCUCAUCUAAAUAAUAAUUCCAUGACACCCAAUGGCACAGAAGUUAAAACAGAACCAAUGAGCAGCAGUGAGAUUGCUACUACUACUACCACAGACGGGUCUUUAGACAAUUUCUCAGGAUCAGCAAUUGGAAGCAGUGGUUUCAGCCCAAGACAAACACACCAGUUCUCCCCACCACAGAUUUACCCUUCCAACAGACCAUACCCACAUAUUCUUCCUACCCCCUCUUCACAAACGAUGGCUGCAUAUGGGCAGACACAGUUUACAACAGGGAUGCAGCAAGCUACUGCUUACGCCACCUACCCGCAGCCAGGCCAGCCUUAUGGAAUCCCUUCGUAUGGUGCAUUGUGGGCAGGCAUCAAGACAGAAGGUGGAUUGUCACAGUCACAGUCACCUGGACAGACAGGAUUUCUAAGCUAUGGUGCAAGCUUUAGCACACCUCAACCUGGACAGGCUCCCUAUAGCUACCAGAUGCAAGGCAGCAGUUUUACAACAUCAUCAGGAAUAUAUGCAGGAAAUAAUUCACUCACAAAUUCUACUGGAUUUAAUAAUUCACAGCAGGAAUAUCCCUCUUAUCCCAGUUUUGGCCAGGGCCAGUAUGCACAGUAUUAUAAUAGUUCGCCGUACCCUUCCCAUUACAUGACAAACAGCAACACCAGCCCAACGACACCCUCCACAAAUGCAACAUACCAGCUACAAGAACCACCAUCUGGCAUCACCAGUCAAGCGGUUACAGAUCCUGCAGCAGCAGAGUACAGUACAAUCCACAGUCCAUCAACCCCCGUUAAAGAUUCGGAUUCAGAUAGAUUGCGUCGUAGCUCAGAUGGGAAAUCACGUGGACGUGGCAGAAGAAACAAUAAUCCUUCACCACCACCUGAUUCAGACCUAGAGAGAGUAUUCAUUUGGGAUUUGGAUGAGACAAUCAUCAUUUUCCAUUCCUUGCUUACAGGGUCCUAUGCUAACAGAUAUGGAAGGGAUCCACCCACUUCAGUUUCCCUUGGACUGCGAAUGGAAGAGAUGAUUUUCAAUUUGGCAGACACGCACCUAUUCUUUAAUGAUUUGGAAGAAUGCGACCAGGUUCACAUUGAUGACGUAUCUUCAGAUGACAAUGGUCAAGAUUUAAGCACCUAUAACUUUGGAACAGAUGGCUUUCCUGCAGCAGCCACCAGCGCUAAUUUGUGCCUAGCAACGGGUGUGCGUGGAGGAGUGGACUGGAUGAGAAAAUUGGCUUUCCGCUACAGACGAGUAAAAGAAAUAUAUAACACCUACAAAAAUAAUGUUGGAGGUCUUCUUGGUCCGGCCAAGAGAGAGGCCUGGUUACAACUAAGAGCAGAAAUUGAAGCUUUGACAGAUUCUUGGUUGACGCUUGCACUGAAAGCACUCACACUUAUUCAUUCAAGGACAAAUUGUGUGAACAUUCUCGUAACAACUACUCAGCUUAUUCCAGCUCUGGCAAAAGUCUUGUUGUAUGGAUUAGGGGUUGUAUUUCCCAUAGAGAAUAUUUACAGUGCAACUAAAAUAGGAAAGGAAAGUUGUUUUGAGCGAAUAAUUCAAAGAUUUGGAAGAAAAGUAGUAUAUGUUGUUAUAGGGGAUGGUGUUGAAGAAGAACAAGGAGCAAAAAAGCAUGCUAUGCCAUUUUGGAGGAUCUCAAGCCACUCUGACCUUAUGGCCCUUCAUCAUGCCUUGGAACUGGAGUACUUGUAGCAGCUCAGCAGCACUUUGAAACCCCAGAACCUCCCUGUGCCCGCGGACGGUAUGCCUGUGUCUUGUGUCAGCAUUGGACUACAGAACUUUGUGAUUUCAACAUGUUGACGUACAGCUGCAAUUGGUCUUAACCCUUGCCCUCUUAGUAAAUGGAGGAGCACGUCUUUUUCUUCAGAACAGCUGUUGACUCUGGUACUGCGAGUCCAACGAAAAUAAGCCAUGCGAAUGUUUUAACAACUCGUCUUUAUCAUAUUUGCUACCAAGAAGAAGUAGAAAUGAAAGAAAAGGAAAUAAAAGGUUCAUACCUGUGAAGAAAAAAAGGACCUGCAAAUGCUUUGUAGUUUUUAGACUCUUCAAUGUGACACACACCGUUUCUUCAACACAGCAAACUUGAUUGCACAAUGAAGACUGAGAUUUUCAAAAUACCAGUGGAGUAAUUUUCUUGUAAAGAAGGUUUACUUUUUGGUUUCUCAUACCCAGGGUACUCUGUACAUCUUUACUUAUUUAUGAACAGACUAUAUUUUGACAUCGUAUAACUGAGGAUAUGUAUAAUAGGAUUAAAGGCUAUUAUAAGCCUUUGCCUUAUGAUACAGCAACUACUUUUGAUUUUAGCACAUUACAGAGUAGUUUAAAAUAUGUCUAAUUUAAAGUAAUAGGUACAUCACUGAGACAAUCAUGUACAGGAAGAAUUUUUUGUGUAAAUUUGUAAUAAUGAAUGAUUCUUUUACAUAUUGUUAAGGUAAAUGCUAUUGAAAGAUAGUAAUGCCUUGUUGGUGAAGAAUGAGGCCGUGUGUGCACAAAAUAUUGUGCGGUGCCUUAUCAAUGUGUUGGAUAUAAAUAUGUAGAUAAUGGAUUUUUUAGAUAAAUUUGUCAAGACCAAAAGCAUGGAUGUCAAGUGUCAAUAGGAAUUGGGUUUUGUUCUUUUUCAGCUAUUUCUCUACCUUCUUAUCUCUCAGCUACUCUGACUAUGAAAAGAUUGAUUUCUUUCCCCCUACUAAGCAAACGCAGAUGAAACAAGUAAGUGAAGAGGAGUCUCUUGAUAUCUUUUGUUUUCUCUUUUAGUGUUAACAUAGUAACACGCUUUUAGAGUAUUGAAAAAUGAAUUACAGAUUCAUUCCAUAAAGAAGUAUAUAGAAAACACAAAUAUAUUUUAAGACAUGACUUAAACUGGAAUCUAGGUACCAAAUAGUUUUUGUCUCAUCCAAAAAUAAAGGAAAUUAUCAUCUUUAUUUUUAGAAAUCAGAAAUGGGAAUGUUUUUGAGAGAUUGAGCAAGAAAUACUCAUAUCCAGAUCUAUACAUUUAAGUCUUUUAAUCCUCUUCCACCAGGAGUCAGAUUUUCCUAAGAUAUAACAUCCAUUGCCGGCAAUGGAAAUACUGAAAUAGUUAUCGCCAAGGAGCUGAAAUUUGUUUCGUCUAUAUCCAAUUACAGGACAACCUUAGACUGUGUCUGUCUGUGACUUGUGACUUUUCUAAUCCUGAAGGCCAUGAGCUACUUGGUCAGAUAAACUGUGAGUCUGACUUUUUGGCUUGAAUUGUACCAAUUCCCUUUACCUGGUUUAAAUCCCUUCAUUAAAAAGAAACCUCAGCUUUCUGGGUUCAUUCUCCAGCUUUUCUUCUUGUUUUCUUUUGCUAAAAACACCAGCCUUGAAACAGCUACAAAGCACCAACGUAGCUUCAAAGCAACACCCUUCUGUAUUGGAGGAAUCAUAUUGCUGCUAGAAUUCAAUGUUUGUGGAUUUCCAAAUUGCUUUAUUACCAACGAAGAGGUUUUUAUCCUACCAAGACUUGCACAUGUGCUUUACUUUACACAAUAUGAGUAUUGGAAUUCACCCGGUACUCACAUACAUACAUAAAGCACGUGGUAGGUAGUUUUUAGAAUUGAGACUAUAAUUAGCCUUUUUUUCUUCAAGCAAAGUAGACAGUGAUGGGGAGUUGGUUGUCUUUUCUUUUUUUAGGGGGCGCUUUUCAAUUUUUUAGUCACUCGCAGACUGAAAAAACAGUUUA